UUCGAGCCAGCCUUUCAGAAAGAGCCCAAGUAUAUAUAUGUGCCGCUGUUACUUAUAUAGUAUCUGCUUGCCAAGCUUGGCAAAAGAAGAAAAAAAAGAUGCGUGUGCAGGCUGCGCGCGAGCUCCCCACGUUAUAACGAGAAGAGCUAUAUACCUAUGUAUAUAUACACGCUAUAUACCUAUACUAUACCUCCUGUCAGCCGCCACCGCCGACUCUCUCUCUCUCUACUAGUGAGUGUUGUCAGUUCAGUCCUGCAGUAGCAGUGGUGUACAGUACGCUGCGUGGUCCUAUUAUAUUAUACAUCGCGGAGAGGAGAGCUGCUCCGUGCACCCGCCAUUUUAUGCCUCUGGUGCACCGCUGUGUGCACUGACCACAGUCCUCUAUAGAGAGAGUUCGUUAUCGCGUUAUUAUUGUGCUUGUGUGUUUUCGCGUGUAUUUUUGUGCCGCGGCGAGAUCGAAUCGAUUCUCUCUCCGUCUUAUAUAUCUCAUCAAAAUCGAAGCGUUGCAAAAAAUGAUUCGUUCGUAGCAGUGUUGUUGUACCGUAUACAUACAGAGCGAACAACGCGAAAAAUGCGUCUGCUCUUGUGCAAUGUGAAUUAUUAUUAUACAUCGAGGGAAUCGUGAAAUUAAAAAAAAAAAAAAAGGAAAAAAAACGGUGGCUGAAAGUCGUACGUGCAGUGAUUUCUGUGUCCGUGCGUGUAUUCGUGCAGUUUUAUAAAUACACAAAGAUAUACGCAAGUAUCCUUGUGCCGUGAAAUAUACCAUAAGAUAUCGAUACGAAUGCUGCAUGGCGUCCGAUCGUAGUCGUCGAGCUUCUUCGGGCGAAAAAUCCUCCUCGUGACGUACCGCUCGCCAUACGCCGUACACAAUCGUCCUUGGAAAUAUUGGGACCCGCUGCGCAGCUUGCCCCUCGCUCGAUCCUAUAUAGCCGGACGAGCUGCCGAGUGUGCAGGGCCUUGUAACCGAGGAUGCGCGUACCCGCCGAGACGGAAAUACGCGCCCAGCCGGAGAAUUACGGCUGCAGCGGCGUUGGACGCAACAACAACAACAUCGUGCUCGACUCGCUUCUGCAGGUGCAGGCCGAGCCCGACGACGACGGCGGCGGCGGCGGCAGCACGACCGUGAGAGUCGUCCUGCAGGAUGCCACGCAGAAAGAAAAUUUCACCAACGGCAUGAUGUGCAUUCAAGACAACUUCGAGCAAAUAAAAAUCAUCGGAGGGGAGCCCGUUAUCACCGUAUCUCAUAAUAAAUCCGUGCCUCAAACCAACGCCAAUAUUGAUUCAGAAGGAAAUACCGAAUCCAGCGAAUCGACGACCAAGGCCACAGUUGCACCAGACAGUAUAUACAAUCAGAAACCAGUCACGUGGUUCAUCGGUUGUAUGCAACCAGUUUUUAACAUAUUCAACAAACUUGCAUUUAGUGAAAAAAUCAAAGGAAAUCAAACGGACGAUUGGGAAAUUCCUUUCGAGACCAUAAGCGAGCUCCAAUGGCUAGGCUCUGGUGCUCAAGGUGCGGUUUUUAGCGGAAAAUUGAAAAAAGAAAUUGUGGCUGUUAAAAAAGUGAAAGAACCCCGUGAGACUGAUAUCAAACAUUUACGAAAAUUGAAUCAUCCUAAUAUUGUACAAUUCAAAGGAGUAUGUACGCAAGCGCCAUGUUACUGUAUUAUAAUGGAAUAUUGUGAAUCUGGUCCACUUUAUGAUUAUUUGAGAGAAGGAAAAUCUGUACCACCUCUAAGAUUGUCAGCUUGGUCCAAACAAAUAGCUGCAGGUAUGAGGUACCUCCACGAACACAAAAUUAUUCACAGAGAUUUGAAGAGUCCAAAUGUUUUAAUCGCGCGAGAAGACAUAGUAAAAAUAAGUGAUUUUGGUACAAGCCGUGAAUGGAACGAAAAAAGCACUAGAAUGACUUUUGCUGGCACAGUGGCUUGGAUGGCGCCUGAAAUUAUAAGAAACGAACUUUGUUCGGAAAAAGUAGAUGUUUGGUCGUUCGGAGUCGUAUUAUGGGAAUUAUUGAGUGGAGAAAUACCAUACAAAGACGUGGAUUCUUCAGCUAUAAUGUACGGGGUUGGCAACAAUUCCUUGAGGCUACCGAUACCCUCGACGUGCCCAGAAGGCUAUCGAGUAUUGGUAGAAUUGUGCUGGGCUCCACGACCGAGAAACAGACCGUCCUUCAGGCAUAUCGAAAUGCAUUUACAGAUCGCUUCGGAAGAACUCGAAAAGAGAACGAAGGAUGAAUAUUUCAAAGCACAGUUAACGUGGAAAGAGGAGAUACGGGAACACAUGAAGAAAAUUCAAACGGAAAAUUCAAACUCGCAUCGUUACGAGGCCGAUCUGAUACGUCGCCGAAAAGAGGAGUUGCGCCAUGCGCAAGACAUCAGGGAGCACUACGAGCGUAAAUUGGAGCGAACCAACAAUCUCUUUUUGGAGCUCAGUUCUGUUUUGGUUCAUCUCGAAAAGCGCGAAAAGGAUGUACUGAAGCGGGAAAAGAGUCAAAAAUCAAGUGGCAAGAAACGCAUAGUAUAUCCUAUUCUAAAGUGUCAAGAACGUCUGAAUCGUCGUCGUAAUACAAGCGUACAAUCUUCGUCUCCGAGUCUAACGUCACCCCAGUCAACGAGUCCGACGGUUUUGGAGAGUCCAGAGAAAGUAACCCUCUGUACACAGCUUGACAAUUCCAACAAGCCAGAAACGGUUCUCUUACCCGGUACUAGUAGCAGUUUCAAGCAGAAAAAGUACAGACACAGGAGAGUGGGUUCCGGAUCGAGUCUACGAGCCAGUCCACAGCGCGAAAGAAAAGCUGCAGAAAUAAUUUCCAGCCGGUUGGUCGACAAUCAAACGCAAACGGAAGUUCCGAGAUCGUCGGAAAACGACAGCUCGAGCACCGCGGAUGAGAAGCCCGACGUCCGUCGCUCGUCUUUCCAAGAGCGUUACGUUUUCGAAGUCUCGUCCAAUCGACUUUAUCCCAAAUCUGCCUUCGAUAACGGCAACGAUACCGCGGGACAAAUUUAUCAGCGUAGAUCGAGUCCCGAACCCUUGGACGAUAAUCGGCUUAACGGCAACAGCGAACCCGGAUUCAAAGAUUGCAGCGACGACGAUCAUUUGGAGACCUUGGGUCGAAAAGUCAAUGAAAUACUCAAUGCCAACAGACUCAUGUCACCGAUAGACAAUGGCAACGACGUUGUGCACAGUAAAAGUAAGGAGGACUUUGAGAAUCAAGGGCCCGAAAAGAGCACCGAACACGACUGUCACAUGGACGAAGUCGAUGCAACGUGCCACGAAGAUGCAGAAGCAGGCGAAGAGAGUUGGUCCGAUGAAGAGGGCGAUUAUCGCAACUAUUCGUAUAAUUACUCGCUUAGAAGAAGAAGCGCUGCAAGAAGGCCAAUCGGUCCAGGAUGCAGACAUCGUCGAAUAAAACCUGUGUUCGCGACGGCCGCGAUCAAACGCUCUCUCGCUUCCGACGAGGAAAACACUUCGGAGUACUCUCGCUCUCCGUCCAGUAAGUCAUCAACGCUCGAGAGUAAUCCAGGCGUUCGAGGAGCAUUUCGCAGGGUUGGUUCUUGCGACACCACGCCGCAUCACAAAUACAAUCCAAAUCCAAGGCGACGGGCCAUGUCGGCUUGCGGCAGUAUACGCGUUAAACAAUCCGGCAGCCACGACGCCAGCGACGGCGGCUCGUCGUCAGCUAGUCAAUCUGAAUCGGAUGAUCUCGAAAAUAAGUGUGAAAGUAGAGUAUAGAUCAUUGAAAUGUUCAAAAUGUAUUCGAUACCCCCGAUAUUGAGUUUCGUUUUAAAACUCAUUCGUUGAUUUUUUACUCGUCGAAUAGCUUACGUAUCCGUUCCGUACUAAAAUUUGUCUACAGAGAAUAUUUCGGAAGUUUUCAUUGAAAUACAAGCUUGUAUUUUUUAUAAAAAAAAAAACGUUUGAGCCAGUAAAAAUUAAGUGCCUGUUUACUGUCAAACUUGCUUAUCGUACAAAAAAGAGUCAAACGUUGAAAUUUUACAUAUAACUGAAUAAACGAUGUAAUAGUAUACUUUUAAUGAAAACUUCUGCUUUCUAAUGGUCUUUAUUGUUGAUUUUGGUAAUCAUUUAAAUUGAUUUGUUUAACUAUGAUGUUUGGGUUGUCCUUGAUAAUUUAAUUAUGUAUAAUAAUAUUUUUGUAUGAUUCACUUGCUAUUAUGAAUAGGUAAAAACGUCUUUUCUUCGUCCUUAAUACGUUACUUGAAAUGUGUACUUAAUGUAUUUUGUAAAUAAUUAUGCGUACAAAUGUACAUAAUGAGUUGGAAGUUUUUCCAAUGAAAUUGGAGAAGUGAUCUUGUUUUAAUUUUAGUUAAAUGUUAAUUUAUAAAAAAAUCCAAUUGGUUAAAAUGUAUAUAUUCUCUCGUGCAUUAUAUAGAACAAUUUAUUUGUCAUGACGAAUAUUAUCAAUUUUAUUUAAAAUGAAAUUUAUUAGAUUUAUUUCUAGAGCUGUACUCAAAAAAUUGAGUUAUUUAUGAGUACUUAAAAACUUUUUAUCAUUACGAAAAUAGUCUUGGAAAGUAAAAUAACUGUGCGAAAUCAAAACUAAAAUUGUACAUAUUUUAAGAAUCAUAUUCAUUCUUUUCUUAGAGAAAAUUUUUCUUCAAGCGUUGAGCUAAUUAAUUUAUUUUUGUACAGUUCCUUGCAUUCUAGAAUCGAUGAAUUUUCAUGUAUUGAAACUCAGCAUUCCUUAUUAUGUUCACAAUGUAGAUAAUAUUUUUUUUACUUAAAACAUAUAUAAGAAUAAAAAAUUAAUUAAAAAUGAUUGAUAAGAAGGAAAUUAUGCAAACACAUCCAAAUAUUUUUUUAAUAUUAGUAAGAUAAUAAAGUCAAAAAUUUGAUAUCAGUUGCCACAAGAAAGUAUUAAUUUAAACAUUUUCGUCCAAUUAAUCAUGAAAUUACAAGUAGUAUAAAUAAAUUGGAAAAUAGAUGAUAACCAUUGUACGUUUUUUGGAACGUUGUAAAAAUUCAAUUUUAAGGUAUGAUGAAGUAAUAUUUGAAUAUUAUUAAAACAUUUAAUUGUAAAGUACUAAUAAAAUAUGUAUGAUGUGCCUAAUCAUAUUAUAUGAGGCGAUGCAAUAUUUUUCAAAAUCAAAGUAAUGUCAACCUGAAAUGGCAGCUAUUUUAAUAUACGUGUUUUAGUUUUUAUAUACUGAAUAAAAUAACUAUUCAAAUGAAUAGACUAAUAAAAUAUUUGCAAUAUGACCAAUUGCGAUUUCUAAACAUACUCAAAAAUGAAUUAAAAUAAAAACUAUAGAUUUUUCGAUAGUCAGAUUAAUUUAUUGUGACGCGCAAUUCGAUAUUUGUGUAGUGAUAUGUUUAGAUUGUUAAGCCAUCACUUUUGUCAAUUUGUAUAAGUACUCAUCAUCAAAUUGUAUGACAUACAAAAGAUAUUCAUAAUCAUGAAUUUAUAAAUAAAGAAAAAAAAUUAGUUAACAUUUAAA